AUGAGACUGCGAUGCGGUGCGGUGCGAUGCGAUGAGAAAAUGGACCCUGAUUCGAGUGCGGAUUCUGGCGACGAGAGCGGCGAGUCCGACGCGCUUCUCUCGCUUCCCGCAAGCCUCUUUCCUGUGGGCCGUUUCCUGCGCGAAUUUCCAACGCUCGUCAUUCUCUCUCUCUUUCACUCGCCCUCGUCAGCUGCUCAGGAGCCACGGUCAGAAGGCAAGGCCGUACCGGGAAUUCUCAGCGGCUGGACACUGUGCUAG